AUGAGCAAUUUUGAACUACCCGAAAACUACAACUUUGAAAUAGAGAAGACACUCUGGCGAAUAAGAGAACUAUCAGCCCGGACAGUGGCCUUACAAAUGCCGGAAGGACUAUUCCUCUUUGCCUGUACGAUUGUGGAUAUCCUCGAACGUGUAAUUAUAAUGGCUGAUGUGAUCUACGGAGCCUGCUGUGUGGAUGACUUGACUGCCGAGUCCUUAGGCGUGGAUCUGCUGGUUCAUUACGGCCACAGUUGUCUGGGUGGGAUAUGUUUGGCCACUCUAGUCUCCGUCAGUCAAAUGUCGUCUGUUCGUCUGCUGUAUGUGUUUGUGGACAUUGCUUUCGAUAUUGCCCACUUGGUGGACACUCUUCAAGCCAAUUUCAGUCCCCGAGAGAGGAUUGCUUUAAAGACUUGUCUGCCUCUCUAUAAUAUUGUCCUGCCCAGAGAGAAGCCUCUUUCCUCGUGUGAAGUACUCGGCUGUACUGCCCCUCGAUUGGAGGACUUGGAUCUAAUCAUGUCAGUCCUCCACUCAUUUCCAUAUGUGGGCGAUGGAAGAUUCCACAGCGAGGCUCUCAUGAUUGCUAACCCGAGACUUCCCCUCUACAAGUUGGGUGGGUUGAUUUCUUGUAGUUACAGUCCCUAUACUCGCACACUCACACGGGAAUAUUAUGACUAUGCUCAAAUGAUGAGUGUCCGUGGGAAGGAUAUUGAAUUGGCCUCAUCCGCACAUACUUUUGGGCUAGUUCUGGGUACUUUAGGGAGACAAGGGUCACUCAAAGUGCUGCAAUGUUUGGCACAGACCUUCGAAAAGGCUCGUCGGUCGUUCGUCCUUGUGCUUAUAUCAGAACUGUCGCCCACACGAAUGGCACAUUUCGGGGAUGCUAUUGACGCGUAUGUUUGUCAUGUGCAUUCCCAGAUGGGUACAGGUUGCCUGUCCUCGUCUUUCCAUUGA